AUGAAUGCAAACGAAAAUCAGGCAUUAAAUUCUGAAACAAUAACAAGAUUUAUUGGAAAGAAACGGUUAAUGUGGAUUAUUGUUGGUAUUGUAGCUGUUGUAGUAGCUGCAGUAAUUGUUAUUCCAACAAGUAUUAUUUUGACAAAGAAGAAAACUACAACAACAGACGUAAGAUCAACAACAACAUUAUCAACAACAAUAUCGACAGCAACACCAACAGCAAUAACAACAGAACCAUCAACAGCAAUCUCACUAGAAACAUCAGCAACAGUAUCAACAGAAAUAUCAACAGUUCAGCCUUUUUAUAAAAACUGGAUUCAAACAAAUAGUAUGAACAAUCCACGAAUCGCUCAUACAGCAUCAGUAUUACAAAACGGAAAAGUAUUAGUUACUGGUGGUAUUGGACUGAAAAGUGCGGAAUUAUACGAUCCAUCAACAGCAACAUGGACACUUAUCAAUCCUAUGAAUCAUAAACGAUGGUGGCACUCAGCAUCUGUAUUACUUGAUGGAAAAUUGUUAGUUGUAGGUGGAGAGCAUGAUAAUUAUCAAUGCCUGAGUAGUUCAGAAUUAUACGAUCCAGUAACUGAAAUAUGGACAACAACGGGUAGUAUGAAUAGUCCAAGAAGUCAGCAUACUGCAUCUGUAUUACGUAAUGGAUCGGUAUUAGUUACUGGUGGACACAUUGAUCAUGUUCAACUUAAUAGUGCUGAGUUAUAUGAUCCAUCGACUAAAAGCUGGACACCUAUUGCUAAUAUGAAAUAUGCACGAAAAUGGCAUCAGGCAUCUGUAUUAGAUAAUGGAAAAGUAUUAGUAACAGGUGGUUUAACUAAUAGUGCUGAACUAUACGAUCCAUCGACAAAAUCAUGGACAGCUACUGGCACUAUGCAUUAUCCUCGAGCCGGGCAUACAGCAUCAGUCUUAGCCAAUGGAAAGGUAUUAGUUGCUGGUGCGUCUCUAGGUGAUACAUGUAUGACAGGUGCGUCUCCAGGUGAUACAUGUAUGACAAGUGCGGAGUUGUAUGAUUCAGAAACAGGAAAUUGGACAAUCACCGGAUCUUUAAAUAAUGGAAGAACGGGUCAUGCUGCAUCCGUUUUAAUCAAUGGAAGUGUAUUAGUGUGUGGUGGACGUGCAUAUAUGUUUUAUUAUAUGAGUAGUUCAGAGGUAUAUGAUCCAUUAACAAAGAUAUGGUAUAUGACUGGUGAUAUGAACUAUAAGAGAUAUCAACAUCAGUCAUCUGUUUUACCAAAUGGAACAGUAUUAGUUACUGGUACAGAAGAGCAAGGAUUACCUACAUCCAGUGCAGAACUAUAUUAA